ACUGUCCAAAUCCCUUCCCAAGUUUUUAUGUGCUCACCAUGUUUUGAUCAUCUUUGUGUCACAUAAUUGAUAAAAAAUCACAUUGUUUUUCUUUUUCCUUGAAUCAAAAUUUUCAGGUUUUGAGCAGUUGAAGGGAAUACAAUAACUUGAGAGGACGGCUAACUAAUUAAGGAUGGCCAGUGAUCAAUUGGAGGUGCUGAAUGCACUGGAUGUGGCCAAAACACAAUGGUACCAUUUCACAGCAAUUGUGAUUGCAGGCAUGGGAUUUUUCACUGAUGCAUAUGAUCUCUUCUGCAUUUCCCUUGUCACGAAAUUGCUCGGCCGCAUUUAUUACCAGAAACAUGGAGCUGCAGAGCCAGGCAGUUUGCCUCAUAAUGUUUCGGCCGCUGUCAAUGGUGUUGCCUUCUGUGGCACCCUAACUGGCCAGCUCUUCUUCGGCUGGCUUGGUGACAAAUUGGGCAGAAAACGCGUCUACGGCAUGGUGCUUAUGGUCAUGGUCAUUUGCUCUAUUGCCUCCGGCCUCUCAUUUGGUAGAGAACCCAAGGCAGUGAUUUCAACACUCUGUUUUUUCAGGUUCUGGUUAGGCUUUGGCAUUGGCGGCGACUACCCUCUUUCAGCCACUAUCAUGUCUGAGUACGCAAAUAAAAAGACUCGCGGAGCCUUCAUUGCUGCCGUGUUUGCUAUGCAGGGUUUUGGGAUUUUGGCUGGUGGAGCGGUUGCAAUUAUUGUGUCUGCAGCUUUUAAGGCAAGAUUUCCUGCACCAUCUUACGAAGCUGAUCCCGCCGCCUCUAUUUUCCCUGAAGCAGAUUAUGUUUGGCGCAUUAUUUUGAUGUUUGGUGCUAUCCCAGCUCUGGUGACUUAUUACUGGCGUGCGAAAAUGCCUGAAACUGCUCGGUACACUGCCUUGGUGGCCAAGAAUGCCAAGCAGGCUGCUGCUGAUAUGUCAAAAGUUUUGCAGGUUGAAGUUGAAGCAGAACAAGGGAGAACUGAGCAAGGAGGGAAUGAUUUUGGUCUUUUUUCAAAGGAAUUUCUUCGGCGUCAUGGUCUUCACUUGCUCGGAACUACCAGCACAUGGUUCUUGCUUGAUAUUGCCUUCUACAGCCAGAAUCUAUUUCAAAAGGACAUCUUCAGUGCCAUUGGUUGGAUUCCAAAGGCAAAGACCAUGAGUGCUCUUGAAGAAGUCUUCAAAAUUGCCAGAGCGCAAACCCUCAUCGCCCUAUGCAGCACUGUCCCAGGGUACUGGUUCACUGUGGCAUUCAUCGAUAGGAUUGGAAGGUUCUCAAUUCAAAUAAUGGGGUUUUUCUUCAUGACUGUUUUCAUGUUUGCAUUAGCCAUUCCUUACCAGCACUGGACUCUAAAAGAAAACCGAGUAGGGUUUGUUGUGAUGUACUCAUUGACCUUCUUCUUCGCCAAUUUCGGUCCAAAUGCCACGACAUUUGUGGUGCCUGCAGAGAUUUUCCCAGCAAGGUUAAGGUCAACAUGUCACGGAAUUUCAGCUGCGUGGGGGAAGGCCGGGGCAAUGAUUGGCGCAUUCGGAUUUCAGUACGCAGAAAAGGGAAUUGGGGUGAGGAACUCCCUUAUAAUUUUAGGUGUGGUCAACUUGCUAGGCCUGCUAUUUACAUUCUUGGUCCCUGAAUCAAAGGGAAGGUCAUUGGAGGAUUUGUCUGGUGAAGGAACGCAAGAAACUGCAGCUCCAUCAGGAUCAAGGCAACAAGAAAAUGGAACUGCUCCGGUUUGAUUAGGCUUCUUCUUAUCGUAUUUCUAUGGCGUUAUCCGGUCGAACAUUUUGAAUUCACCUGGUGAAGUUCUUUGAUCAUGUUGCUUAAUCUUCAUGCCUUAGUGCCUGUUUAGUCUUUGUUGUAGGGCAAUUUUGGUUUUUUAUUCUCAUUUGCAAUUAAAAGUUAAAAGAAAAGAACUUUUAUAGGCUAAAUGCUCCUAGUUUUCUUCA